AUGAUGAAAUAUGGUGCUGUUAAUAGAUAUGGAAGGUAUUAUUCAAGAAGGAAGUCAAUUACGAAACCAUUGGAUAACCCCAUCACCAACGAUGGUGUGAACCAGCAGGAUCCUGGAAAAGAAAACUCUGUUCAUCCAUUGGACAAUGUUAAGCAGCCUAGUCCCGUGGUCAUGUUUAAUGAUAGCAGCAAACCUAUUUGGAGUGGAAUUUUCAAGAUAAACAGUGAAGCUUGUCUUAAGGUGGAUGCACACUUGUCAAGUAAAGCAUGUAAGAAAGUGGAGGAAUGUUCAAGAUCAUUGCAACCAGUACUAGAAGUAGUGAAGCUUCCUCGGUUGCAAGUCUGGCCAAAGGGAUGGGAGUCUUCAGGACCUACAGAUUCAUGCAUUGGAUUGUAUUUCUUCCCAUCUAAUUCGAGGUCAAAUGAAUUAUCAGACGAACUAGUGAAUGAAGUAACUGAGACUGAUAGUGCCCUAAAAGUAACUGCUGCUACCGCUGAUCUAUUGAUCUUCCCAUCUGUCCUGUUGCCAGAACAAAAUCAGUUGUACCAUUGGAAACAUUGCCUCUGGGGAUUGUUCAGGCGAAGGAAGGACAUUUCUGACGAAGUUGUUCCAAGUGGAGAACAAAAUGGUUCAACAUGUGCCGUGCCCGUAGAUGAAGGGGGACAACAAGCACAACAUAUUUUGAACCAAGUAGAUGAGGCACAGCCUGCAUCUUCGGAACAAAUAACUUGUGCUAUGAAUGACAGUCAUGUUGAGAAUCCACCACUGGUCGAGAGCACCUUCGAGGCACAAAUUGAUGAGAAUAUGGACUCUGACAUAGUUCUUCUAGGUGGAGAACAAAAUGGUUCAGCAUGUGCCGUGCCCGUAGAUGAAAGGGGACAACAAGCACAACAUCUUUUGAACCAAGUAGAUGACGCACAGCCUGCAUCUUCAGAGAAAAUAACUUGUGCUAUGAAUGACAGUCAUGGUGAGAAUCCACCGCUGGUCGACAGCACCUGCGAGGCACAAAUUGAUGAGGCAGCAGUUUGUGUGGAACUGAAGCAGCCAAACUCUCCGAAAGCGGUAUCAAACUGCUCAGUGCAUCAUCCCGAAGAAGUGAGCCAGCCAGGAGACACCUUCACCUCUUCUUCAACCAAACCAAAUGUCUCAAGUGUUGCUGCACAUUUAGCUGAGAAGACUGGCCAUGGACAGUCCUGCUCCGGCUACGAAUCCCUCACCGCAAAGCUGUUUGGAUUUGGAGUAGACAUUGCCCAGAAGACACCGAGAGCACAGGAGCUUAUCCAGGAUGUGGCUACUGAAGGUACUCUAGUGGUCUCAGAGCCGGCAGAGAUGGUGACUACAAAUUCUGUCUCAGGUAACAGUCCUGCAGUAGGAGUUGGACUGAACCCUGGCACCAAUCACCAGCAGCGUUAUGAGGAGGGUGAGCCUCCUCAGCCUGAUGUGGUAGCUUCUCAAGCCUGCCUGGAGCUUUUCCCGGUCACGCAGGAGCAGAUGGGAUUGGCUGCUCCCGGGGUGGGAACCAGCAGCAUUAUGGAAGUAGACCUUGAACUGAGCCUUGGCAUGUCCUUGGUUUUGCACCUGUGA